AACGACAAUUGUUACUUCCUGUGAGAAUUUGGGCUGUGUGGCAAAAUGCCGACAACUUUAGUUUUCAAGUUUUUAGCUGCUGUUAUUUUUAAUUUUGUGAUCUCUGUGCACACACUAGAAGUUGAUUUAACGGUAGAUGUCAAACCGGGUCACGAAGAGUGUUUUUAUGAGGAGAUUAAGAAGCCAACGAGUUUUGAAAUUGAAUACCAGGUUAUAGAUGGAGGUGACCUAGACAUUAACUUUAUGGUGACAUCCCCUCACGGUAGAAUAAUGGUGUCUGAGCUGAUGAAAAGUGAUGCUGUUCACAAACUUGAUGCCGUUGAUCUGGGUGUUUACAAGGUUUGCUUUGACAACUCCUUCAGUCACUUUGCUAGAAAGCUAGUCUUCUUUGAAAUCAUCGCUGGUGAUGAUGAAGAGGAUGAAGAUGACGAUAAAAAGGACUGGAAGGCGGCCCAAGAGGAGUUAGCCUCCAUUGUUGACAUGACCCUGGAGGAUUUUAAGAAACUGCUGGAUAAUGUGAACAAUAAUCUGGACAAGGCUCGCUCUGAUCAACAGGUGCUCCGGAACUUUGAGGCACGGGAUCGGAACACGCAGGAGAACAACUUCCAGCGGGUGAACUUCCUGUCGGGCGUUCAGGUGUUCAUCAUGCUGUCCGUGGCCUUGACCCAGGUCCUACUCAUCAGAAGUUUAUUCGACGACAGAAAGAAAACAGGAGUGUCGGCCCAGGGUCGGGCCCGGGGGAGAGGGGUCCGGUCUGUGGUGCCCGUGUGGACGUGGCCCGGUGGAGUGGUGCCGUACGAGAUUCCCGAGGACUUUGAUGAACCAUCCAAGGCGCUAAUAAAAGUCGCAAUGAAGAGGUGGGAGAGACAGACCUGCGUCCGAUUUGUCCCUCGCUCUGAGCAUGCGCAAUCGGAGGCAUACAUAAAGUUAUACAAAUCGAGAAAUUCUUGCUUUUCAGACAUUGGUAGGAAUCCCACCCAGCAACCUCAACUACUCGGGCUCAGUGACGGCUGCAUGGGGAUACCUUCAAUUGUCCAUGAACUCGGACACGCCCUCGGGAUGAUCCAUCCGAUGUCACGUGAUGAUCGGGACCAGUAUAUCACGCUACGGGCCGAAAAUAUAAACAACGGAUCCGACCGGAACUUCAUGAGCAUAUCAGAUCGAGGCUACAUGUAUUUUACCUACGGCGUACCGUACGACUACAAAAGCAUAAUGCACUAUAAUGCUAAGAUUUGGUCAAAGAACGGAAAUGAUACCAUGGUAACAGUAGCACCAGAAUUUCAGACCAUCAUUGGAACGGCUGCCGACGUCAGUUUUAGAGACAACCUGUACAUCAACAGGGCCUAUCUGUGUUCAUGGCAGUGUCCGUGGAUGCGGUGUGAGAACGGGGGAGUAGCGUCAGGGACCCCGUGUAGGUGCGUCUGUCCUGAUGGUUACCAUGGAAACUACUGCGAAAAGCGCCUUCCUGGAGUGAACAGAAUUGUUGACUGGACGUGUCGUACAGGGUGGUUCUACAGGGCAGGGACGUGUUACAGGUUCCUGUCCCACGCCACAGUGCCCUGGAAAACGGCGCACGAUCUCUGUCAGCAGAACAGUGGGCAGCUUCCGGUCAUCACAGACACAGAACUGAUGAGAAUAACUGGAGAACUUAUUCUCGAGGAUAGAGAGUUGUCAACUGCUAAAACUUUCUGGCUAGGGCUACAACUUAAUACGACUUCCGGUCUAUACACGUGGGCGGACGGAAGUGAGCUCAAACACCCUGAAUGGAUUGUCAAUCCAGGAGAGCUCUCUUCCGACCGCGCAUGCGCUGUUUUCAACGGUACGGCCAUAACUGUGACGAGCUGUGGACUCCAGCCAGAUAACGGGGUGCUCUGCGUUGCGCCUUUUGAUCCGUCAUGCGGUGGAGUAUUUUAUCUAACGAACAGAGGCGUGGAAGUGACGUCACCAAAUUACCCAGAUCUCCAUCCACCGGAUAUCACGUGUCAGUACGUUUUCAAGAUAUCCGGAAACAAUAGAAUAGAGAUUACCUUCAAGGAUUUCCUCCUGGAAUACUCCAACAAUUGUCAAUCAGACUCCCUGGAGGUUCAACUGGAGACAGAUGUAUCUAUCCCCGGGAAAAGGUACUGUGGCUCGGAGCUGACCAACACAACCCUGGUGUCAAAGGGUAACUUCACAAUCGUCACUCUGAGGACAGAUGCCAGGAACCAUGGCCGGGGAUUCCAGCUGACCGCUAAUCCCGUACAGAGCCGCGCGCGUAGCAUCUCCGACCAUUUUAUGAAUAUUCCUAUUUCGUUUUGGAAAAAACUGUUUGAAGUUCCUGGCCGAUUUGGCCUCGGUUAAUUGAUAUGUGUUUAUAUGAACUGAUUUUUUACCUUAUCUAAUCUUGAUUAUAUAUACGAAAUACAUGCUUGAUUAACUUGUUUCAGAUGCCACCACAAUUGAAUUUCUUAUAUUUUAAGCAAUGAUAGAAAAAUAGCGUGUCUGUUGUACGUUUAUUAUCUAAAACAUUUUUUUUUGGUCUUGUCAUGUACUAGGGUUGAAAUUGUAAUAUGGUAUAUAAUGUGUAUUGUACGAUAUCACAUAAGUAAAAAAGAUUCGAUUCAAAUAGUGAAAGAGCAUUUCAUCCCUUCAAAGAAAUUGUCAAAAAUUUCAAUUUCUGAAUCCAUUUCUAAA